GAUGUAGAGAUGAAGAAAUAAAAGAUACCUUCUCAUCCACACCCUCUCUCUCUCUCUCUCUCUCUCUCUACUGUUUUCAUAUGUAUGGCUUCUUUCGAAUCUUGUUGUUCUCAGCAACAGUCGAUGUUUUUAUUGUAAAAGCUUUUGGAAUUUUGGAGCUCUACCAAUUUCAUAGUACUAUUUUUUUACCCUUUUUCUAUCAUUUCUAAUAUAUAUAUACACAAUUACACACACGAAAACGUAUAUAUACACACAUACAUGAGUCUUGCCUCAGUUUCUAUGUGUGUGUGUUGAUUUUAAUUUGAUGAUUUUAUUUGCUAUUUCCAUCUCUUUCUAGGGUUUGUGAAUUGAAGAAGAAGAGAGGCAUGAUGAAUUUGGAGUGAUGAAAGCUUUUUGAUUGACCUUUGUGUAAUAGGUUUCAUCACUUUUUGUGAAACUUUUUUUCCCCAAUUUAGGGUUUUCUUUAAUCUCCAGAUAAUAUUUGAUCAUUGCCACUUUCGAAAUCAUUGAAAAAGAAAAGCUGAAUUUUCUUGACUCUUUAAAAGGUAGAGGUAGUAGUAGUAGCCCUUUUAGAUUCACAUACACCACAAAAAUUUUUAAAAAAAUAUUUAGGAAGGAAUAAAAAAAAUGUUACAAGGCAAUGAUUCUUUGUCGAAUUUAACUUCGGCGAUAUCGAAUGAAGCAAGCAUCAAUUCAAGCUCAAAUGGUAAUGAAAUGGUUGGAGGUACAAUCCCACAGCAGCAUAUGUACAACCCAUCACAGCCUCCUCCCAACAAGAGGAGAAGAAACCUACCUGGCAAUCCAGAUCCGGACGCGGAGGUGGUGGCGCUGUCGCCACACGCGCUGAUGGCGACGAACCGGUUCUUGUGCGAGAUCUGCAACAAGGGCUUCCAACGGGAGCAGAACCUGCAGCUGCACCGGCGGGGCCACAACUUGCCUUGGAAGCUCAAGCAGAGCAGUAAAGAUGUAGUGAGGAAAAAGGUGUAUGUUUGCCCCGAGCCGAGCUGCGUCCAUCAUGACGCGGCUCGGGCCCUGGGGGACUUGACUGGGAUAAAGAAGCAUUUCUUUAGGAAGCACGGCGAGAAGAAGUGGAAGUGCGAGAAAUGCUCGAAGCGGUACGCUGUCCAAUCCGAUUGGAAGGCCCAUUCCAAGAUAUGCGGCACCCGUGAGUACCGAUGCGAUUGCGGUACCCUCUUUUCCAGGCGCGACAGUUUCAUCACGCACAGAGCCUUCUGCGACGCCUUAGCCGAAGAGAGCUCAAGAACCAUCCCCCAAACAGGCCCUAACCACCCCCACCCCCAAAUCCACCCCUUCCAAAACCCUAAUUUCCCCCAACUCAAGCAAGAAACCCUAAAUUUCACCCUCCCUCCGUGGCUCUCCGUCCCCGAAAACCCCUUCCCCGAAACCCCCAGCCUCGCCUUCUCGGCUGCAGCGCCAUCGCUGAUGUCAGCGACGGCCCUGCUCCAGAAGGCGGCGCAAAUGGGGGUUGCAAUGAGAGGGAAAAUGCCCUACUUGGGAUCGGAUCACGAGGAUCAGACUAUCCUCGCGGCCCGGCCCCAUCAUCAAAUGGGCGGCGGACAAGGAUUCACUGCAGCCUCGUCCGCGGCCCUGGCACCUCGUGACGAGUUUGCGGCCGCGUACGAGAAUAUGGCGAUGGCGGCCACCACGACGAGCGGGUUUCAAGGGUUUGAUGAUAAUUUCAAUGGGAUGUUCAAUGGGAAGAGGAAUUUGGAGAGCUUUCAACAAGAUGGGGGUUUUUUGGGGUCGAGGAGAGAGGGCGGUGGCGCGAUCGUGGCCGGGGGCGGACGAGGCGGCGAAGACGGGAUGACGAGGGAUUUUUUAGGGUUGAGGGCGUUCCCACAUAGGGAUUUUAGCAAUAUGGCUGGGCUUGAUCAAAUGGGGAGUUCGACGACGUCGUUUGAUCAUCAAAAUCAAGGGCCAUGGCAAAGUUGAUCAAUGAUUUGGAUUUUGUACUAUUGUUUUCGUGUGUCCCUUUUUUUAGGGAGGGAUUUUGGUUGGUUUAGUUUUGAUGUUUUUGUUGUGUUGAUUUGUUUGAAUUUUGGAAAUUACUCUAAGAAGAGAUAGUUAAACAUGUUUGUUUUUUGUUUAUUGCAAUUUAUAUGGACUUGUUUUGAUCGACGAUA